UAACACCAAACAUGAUUGCACUCGCAUAGCCCCAUUUUCAUGGCCAAUAAAGAAGGAAGAGAGACACUCCUCCAAGGCCAUCCUCUUGCACUAGCUAACACCCCCACCAGCCCACCGUACGUUGGAGCUUCCUGACCCAAGAAAUGGCGGUCCGGUUCGAUCUCAGGCGCCGGAUCCAGCGCCGUUUCUCCACGCUCAGGCGGUGCAUCUGCCGCUCCUGGCACAAGAUCCUCGCCUGCCCCUCGUCGCCGCCUGGGAAGCGCUGCCGGUACCGGAUGUUGCCGGUGACUUCCCGGAGGGACCCCGCCUCGUCCCGCGGGGUGGAGCCCACGUCCGGGCUCUCGGCGUUGCCCGUGGCCGCCUCGGCGUGCCGGGGCGGCGGCGGCGGCGACGGGGAUUCGGAUUUGGUGGCUCUGAAGAUCGGCCUGUUGGGUGAUCAGCAGAUUGGCAAGACUAGCUUUGUGGUAAAUUUCGUGGGGGACGAGAAAGAAGAGAUCAACUGCUCGGAGAUGAAAGGCUUGAAUCUGAUGGACAAGACAUUGUUGGUCAAUGGCGCACGCAUCUCUUACAGCAUUUGGGAAGUCGAAGGCGACGGAAGACCCGACGAUCAUGUGCCGAUCGCCUGCAAGGACUGCGUCGCGAUCUUGUUCAUGUUCGACCUGACGAGCCGUUGUACUCUAAACAGUGUCAUAAGCUGGUAUCAACAAGCAAGGAGGUGGAAUCAGACGGCAAUCCCGAUUAUAGUAGGAACCAAGUUCGAUGAUUUUAUCCAGCUGCCCAUAGAUCUACAAUGGACGAUAGCAAGCCAGGCAAGAGCGUACGCGAAGGCCCUCAAUGCCACGCUCUUCUUUUCGAGCGCGACGUACAACAUCAACGUCAACAAGAUCUUCAAGUUCAUAACCGCGAAGCUCUUUGACUUGCCGUGGACGGUGGAGCGUAACUUGACGAUCGGAGAGCCCAUCAUUGACUUCUAAGCGUUUUUCAUGGCUCUUGUAAAUAGCUGGUUCAUCAAAGCAACCGGUCACCAGGGAGUAAAGAGGCGAACCGUCGAUCUUCCCUAGUGAUAUUUCGAGUUGUGUCAUCUGCAUUUCCGUUGACGAUCGAUAAUAAAUCAAGUAUGGAACUAGUUUUGAUGAAGGAAUUAAAUAAAUGAUUAGGAGCAUCACUCUCUC